AUGGCCUGGCCCUGCAUCAGCCGCGUGUGCUGCCUGGCCCGCUUCUGGAGCCAGCUGGACAAGUCCGACCUCUCCGUGCCGCUCACCAUCCACAACUACUCGGACAUCGAGGAGCCGGAGGACGCGGCUCCGCAGCGCGCCGGGCAGGCGGCUCGGGGCAGCGGCCGCCCGCCCGCCCCGGCCCCGCGCCCGCGGGACAGCGCCGCCGGCAGGGCGAGCGGCCGCAGCAAGGGCCGGGCGGCCGCGGAGCCCUUCGCCACGGAGACCCAGUACCGGCGGGACUUCCGAGCCUGGCCGCUCCCGCGGAGGGACUCGUUGCCCUGGGUCAGCGCCGGCAGCGGCGGCAGGGACGGGGCCGUCCCGCAGCCCGCCCCGGGCCGCGCCGCCUGCGCCCUGCCCGGCUGCGGCGGCCCCGAGCGGCUCCGGCCGCGCUCGCAGGCGGACGGCGGCCACACCACCUCCUACAGGCAAGAGUAUCGCCCAUGGACUGGAGCAAAACCAUCCAAGCCCAUAAAGAGCAAGCAAGGUUUCAUUAUCCCAGAAGACCAUUUUGUCCAAGAGACAAGCUACAAGGCAGAUUUUAAGCAGAUCCCAGAGGUGAAGACCAGCUUCUCCCCCAACCCUUCUGCUGUUUUCCAGGCGCCAUCACGGAUCCUCAACGUGUGAACCUGGAGCCUCCUCACACCCAGGCAGCUCCCAGGCGGCGUUUCCCUGAAGAUGUAUCACUAUGCAAUUCUCAUGAGGAGUGUUCAGAUCAAACCCCCCCCCAUGGUAUUAUCCAAAGCAGCUCCAGUGAUUAAUGAUCUGCACACACACACUUUCUGUUAACACAACAAGCGGCUCGGUUCAGAACACAGGCUGCCAGGAGUGACCUAGUUUUGGAGAGGAGCAGGUUCAUUACUAUGCCAGCUGGCAUCACAUUAGGAGAUUGACUCUGGGCAGCAAAGGCAGCACUGCAGGCAACAUCCCUAUGCUUAACCUCACAGGGUGGGAGGGAAAACAAUCCCAAAUGGGGUGGAUAAUUAAAACCAAAAAGAGUUUUAUUUAGAGGCACCCUCUAAGUAGGCCAGUGAGAGACAGGGAGUGUCUGGCUGGCUUCUGAGCUUCUGGAGGGGGUUUGGAAAUAGGAGCUCAGAUGGAAUCACCAGAAAUCACAGCAUCAAAGGGGCUGCUCUGAACUUCCAGGGUUGUUUUAGAAGCUGGAGGAAGCCAGCAUCGCUCAACUCAAAGAUCAACCUGGCACGUGCAGCAUCCCGAGGCUUUAAGGACAGAAAGCUGCCUGCUUCCAAAAUUGGUGUGCUGCUGGACUUUGGGAUCCAAAACUGGUGUGCUGCCCCAGCAGCAAGAGGGGCCUGGACCUUGGGAGACAGCCCUGAGAGCAGUGCAGCAGCCUGGUUUGGAGAGGAUGGGUUGCAUGGCCAGAGCCAGCUAGGCCCCCAGCAUGCUCCAGAGGAACUGAGAUAUCGAUGGGACUUGUGUAGCUGUUAGGCUGAGUUGUAAAUAUUGUAAAUGGAUUUUACCUAAAGCAAUUUGUGAUCCUUUAAUGAAAAGGACAUGCCUAUACUUUUAAUAACUGUUAACUCUUUGCACAUGCAAGGUGGAAAAUAUUGCCUUGAAAUUCCUGUUAUUGCCUGUGUGUUGGUAAUGCUCAUGCUAGGAACACCCAGAAGUGAAUGUUACUUAGCAACUCUUCCUAGAGAAAAGUGUAACACAGAAUGUAAGAGACCCUUCAUUUUUCAGUAGCCCAUUUAAAGUGUCAUUGUUCUGGAGCUGAUUUCUUUUAGGUUGGUGUGCAUUUUCCUUUUGCUGCAG